AUGAACCUCAUCCCCCACACUACCCCUCCACCAAAUACUCGAAUCCCUCCCGGCACCAAAGCAGGCUGGCAGGAACAAACCAAAAAAACCUCCACAAGAAAAACCUUAGGAUACAUUCAUUCAAUCAUACAUCAUUCACACCAACAAUCUACAGUAUCUACCCUAUCCACUCACUAACCCGUCACCAACCCACCACCACCAUCACCAUCACCAUCAUUCAUCCACAGCCUACAAAAAAUAUACAAAUACAAAUACAGAACAAGAAAAUUCAAUUUAAUUUAAUACAAGAAGAAGAACAACAACAACAACAACAACAACAACAACAACAACAACAAGAAGAAGAAGAAGAAGAACAACAACAACAACAACAAGAAGAAGAAGAAGAAGAAGAAGCGAAAGGUAUGUAGGUAGGUAGGUGAUUCCCCGUGAUAAUGACAACUGCUCCAUCCAUCCAUCCAUCCAUAACUACUCAUCCACAUCUCCACACCCCGGUAAAAAUCCCAGGAGUUAGCUUCCCUCCUCCCACACCAUCCCUCUAUCACCCCCCCAAAUCAAUCAUCCCCUCUCAACCGAGAUCCCCUCCUAUCCAUUUUCCCUCACACCACACCCAAGUGCUGCUCCCUCCUUCCCUUACCAUGUCACUGAACGACAGUGUAUCGUAUCUCUGAUCAACUGGACGUUUUGCAAUUUCGGCUGGCUGGCUUGGAAUUUCCGUGGUACCUGGUUGUCCAUGCGUCUUUCCCCCCUCGCUCGGCAAUCUCUUCUUUCUUAUUCUUUCUCUUUCAAUUUUCUUUUCUUUUCUUUUGCGUGAAUUCUGUCUCUUUCCCACAGAGAGGAAGUCGAUAGGGUAGUAGUAUACGUAGGAACUUCAAUUCUCCCACUCCAUAGGUACACACAAGGAAUACCCAUCCCACAUCCACAUCAACUUGUUCAUACACAAACAAAAAAAAGAACCCCCCCACAAACUUAUACCAAACCCCUCCCCUCAAACAGCCUUCCCAUUAACCUUCCGAUUCGUAAUCUCAUUCAAUUUCUCCUCCAGCCCACUACUCUUCCCAUUCCCAUGCUCCAACACCGCCUUGCCAUUACUCUUUCCCUCCAGCUUCUCUCGUUCCUCACUCCUCCUCCGUCGCUCCUCAUCCUCCCUUGCCUCGGCAGCAAACUCCUCCUCGUCGUUCUCACUGCGAUCAUCCUCCAGCGCAACAUCCACGAAAAGGAAGCGAUACGCAAUUCGGAAGAUAUAGUAUAG